UCGGAGAGGAGAGACUUGCUCGGUUGGUCUUCGGGCCUGACGGGUGAAGUGUCGCUUAAAAGAAUGUGAGCGAGGUGUGAUGUUACAUUGGAAUUUUACUAUUUUAUGCAAAAAAAUAAUUUAAAAUAAAACUUUAUACUUUUAAACGGAAUAGAAUCUCAAACGAUUCACACUGUGAGCGUUUCUUUGUGGUUUUAAAAUGUGAACUUCAUGAAUUAAAGUUCAAGAAAUGAACCAAGUGAAAGUGUUUGUGUGUUUAUUUUCUCUUUUGCUGGGAACGGGUGUCAUUAGCGCACGAUGGCUCCAGGACACAAGCGACGAGUGGAUCCACAUCCGUACGCGCCUCCUGUACCCGUCCAGUUUCGUGAGCGUCCGAGUUAACGUGCAUGGGGAACGGGAGAUCCGAAUCUCGCACGAGAAGGUGCUUGUUCUCGACACGUUUCUGCCUAGCGGUUACUCGCCAAAGUUUGACAUGGCCUUCCGACAGGUGACGGACGGACACCGGAUUUUGCAGGCCGUAUUUCAGGGAGAUAUUCUUAAAGAGUGUGAUUUUACUUCAGAUUCAAACAUUAUGCUGGAUUUUGUAUCAAACUUUGUAAAUAUGGCGCCGGAGUCCAGCGAUUUUGGAGAUGUCUUCUCCGCGGCAUCCUUAACAAAUAUCACAGCAAAGAACACACCAUUAGCGUAUAUGACGUUUAACAGUAUGUGGCAAUUAAAAGAACUAGCAGAUCUUACAGAUAUGAAAUCCCUUCGACAGCAAUGUCGCAGGUUUUUAAACAUUGCUACUGCAACUGCAGAAAAAGAAGCAAAAUUUGGGAAUUUUACAGAUAUUUAUGAAGAAAUACUCCAAGUAAUAGAUCGUGAAAAUUUGAAAGGUAACGACACACUUCUUACUCAGUUAGACAAUUUUGAAAACUCAGAAACAGUGAAUAGCUCAUCUCAGAGUGGGACUCUUCCCCGUGAGCAUAACAUAGCCAAGCGAUCGACGGCGCCUCUAGAACUUAAAGGACGUUCCAAGCGGGGCACGUUCGACAUGAGCAGCGUGCUAAUUUUCCCGGGUACAAAGUGGUGCGGAAAGGGCGACCUGGCCCGCUGCUAUGAUGACCUGGGCCCGGACAUGGAGUUGGAUAUGUGCUGCAGGGACCACGACUGUUGCCCCUACGUGAUCCCGCCCUUUACCUCCCGGUUCAACCUCUUCAACUACCGCUUCCACUCUCUGCUCCACUGCGACUGUGAUCAGAGGUUUCGUGGUUGUCUUCGGAGUUCCGUGUCCACAAUGGCCAGUAUGAUCGGCAAGAUUUACUUCAACAUCCUUGGAAGCAAGUGUUUCCGGCUCUCGGAAUCGGAAGUAUGCAUGGAACGCUCCUGGUGGGGUCGCUGCCAGCGAUACGAGAACCAGACGACCGCCGCGCUCGUCAAUCAAGUCUCCUUCCUGGAGGACGACCUGCGUGCGGAUGCGGACAACCUCAACUUAAGCGCGUGAACUUCAACGAUGACGGUUUCAGUUGUAUAUGAUUUGGUGUUCGUAAUUUGUGUGAAGAUAUCUGCCUUUCUUAAUAAAUACACAAUUGGGGAACGUAAGAGCAUUCAACGAAUGCCUUGGUUGUUGCAGAAUAUGUUACUAGUGGACUGUGCACUUUGAGCAGCAUAUUGUUAUAGCCAUCCACACUUGAAUAGUUCUUCUCAGAAGUAAAGUGUGUAGAAGUAUCGUAGCCACCAGUACAUUUACUAUGUGAUAGUUAUAUUUCGUUUGUCCGAGGCUUGUACCUCAAAAUAAUGUAAGUGCAAACAAAUUACGUGUUGGAUAAUUAUUGAUUGGCAUUUACAGUGGGGUAAUUUCUUAAUCAUACUAGUAAGUACUUGAAUUGUUGUCGGGUUAGGAAUUUGAAGAUUUCGUAGGUCAAGCUGUGCUUUUACGUAAAUACAAAAAUCCUAAAUCAGCACCAAAGUUUAAAAAUUGUUUUGGAAAAUUACCUGAUGGAUUGUUUGUAGAAUAUUGCUAUAUUGUAAUAAUUGGCCGACUCGAGCAAACAAGACACUAUGCAGUUACUAGAAUUAUCUGUCUGGUAGACUUGGUGUAAGUACUCAAACAUACGUAGGAUUUUCAAUGUGUCUUUUCCUAAAGUAUCCCGUGUACAACUUUUAUAAUAUCAGAAAAAGUAAAUGUUAACCCUGUUUUAUUAAGUACAUAAGGAAAUGCAUUCGGAUCUUAACAUUUUAGGCUUCUCUAAAUGAAAAGAAGUCAAAGACAGAAUGCAAAUCAUAGAACUGUUCAUUAAAAUUUAAACUGAUUUGAACCUUUCUUUGGUAAACAAAACAGUACAGACCUGGAACAUGUUUACACGUAUUUAUAUAUUUAAACGUUUUAAACUUCAUCUCAGAAUAGUUUCGAAUACCAAAUUUCAGUUUUUUUGAUCGUGGAAAGAAACAUCGAAUUCAUAUGUAUAACUUAGUUUACAUUGGUUGUGAUACAACGUAAUUAUACACGUGAAUGGUCAAAUAGUUUUAAGUAUUUUCUCAAUUGCUCGCUAUUAUAGCUUAUGGCUUUUAAGUCAAUGCAAAGUGUUAAUGUACUUUCGUUUUAGUUCUAUAUCUAUUCCGUUUGUAACACCUGUGCUGCGCGCAUCCGAAUGGAUGGUGAUUGUUAUCACUGUAAAGCAAUUACUGAAAUAAAAGUUUAUCAAUUUAACAAGAUGACAUUUAACUUUCGAUGUAAUACAAGGAUGUAAUUGGAUGUUCUUGUUUGAAAAAAAUACGUUAAGAUAUUUAAUUCAUCAACGUUAAUGUUGAGGGUAAUAAUUGUCAUAAUUUAGAUUCCCACUAAUUUCAAACAUAAAUCAUUUCUGGAUAACCUUGAUACGUUAAAUAGCUUGAUGUGAACAUUUGAAAUGACUUCAAUUAUAUGUUAUAAGUUAUUAUACGUUUAAUAUUAAACAGUAAUUUUGAUUCAGCUUCUUGUUGAAAAUUGCCAAGAAACGCUCAUAAUUCUUGUUAUGUAUUGCUGAAGUAGAAUGGACAGUGGUGUCAUUCGUUUGAAAGACUUUUCUUGAACGGGUCAAAUUUGUUUUGGUAUGUUUUGUAAACUCGGAAUUGUUAUAAUAAAACAUACCGUUUA